GUGUCGUGCGUACGAAACUAUCGGGAAUAAUCGUGAAUAGCCAACUUUUUUUCUUUUCUCUUUUUUCCUUUUUAACAAGUUUUUUUUCUCGGCGAAAGAAAAUGGCUUCUGCGUUUUUGACGCUCGUUACGGGCGCGUUAUUAUUAUUGUGCUUCUACCUCUAUUUAAAAUACACGUAUUGGAAGAGAAAUGGGAUUCCUUGCGGUAAAGGAUGGUUCCCGAUAAUCGGCCAUUUCCUACCCGUGAUAAUCAAGAAACAAAGUUACAGUGAAGUGAUCGAACAGGUAUAUCGCGAUUAUUCGGAUCGCAGUAUGGUUGGAAUAUACAAAGGAACGAAACCAGUGCUGGUUCUUCGCGAUAUUAAUUUGAUUAAAACCGUGUUGCAAAGUAAUUUCUCGAAAUUCCAUGAAAAUGCGCUUAAAAUCGAUUCAAAAUUGGACCCUUUGUUAGCGAAAAAUCCAUUUUUCUGUUACGGAGAAUUAUGGCAGACCGGAAGGAAACGUUUGACUUACGCGUUCAGCAACGCGAGAUUAAAAAUCCUUUUCGCAGCCGUGAACGAAGUGUGUACAAAAUUUCAAAACUUCUUGAACAGGCGGCUACAAUCGAGUAAGAAAUACGAAGUCGAGUUGAAGUCGUUGUUUUUAAAAUUUACGAGCGAGGUUGUUGCGAACGCCGGUUUAGGAAUCGAAGGUUUCUGUUUCGAGGAUGGCGAAGUACAAUCCAUAUUCACCAACUUCAACGAUAACGAUUUCUUGGAUACGUUUUUGAUCGGGAUCUUCGUACAUUUUCCCUUCCUUACCAAGAUAUUGAAGAUAAAAUUCCUACCUGAUAAGCACGACAGAUUCUUCAGGACAGUGGUGAAGAAAAAUUUAGAGCUGAGAAGGAGCGAUCCGAUACCAAGAAACGAUUUCAUCCAAUUGAUGAUCGACAUGGAGCAGACGGGAGAGAAGAUCGACGAGGAGAGUGUGGCGGCUCACGCGGUUUCCUUCUAUCUCGACGGGGUCGAAACGUCCAGUGUCACGCUUAAUUUCAUUGGAUGUCAAUUGGCCAUUCACCAAGACGUGCAAGAAAAGUUGAGGAAGGAGGUGAGAUCGACGAUCGAGAAACACGGAGGCGCGUUAACGUUCGAGGCUGUGAAGGAAAUGACGUACAUGAAUCAAGUGAUCAGCGAAUCCCAAAGAUGUUUCUCGGCUCUAGGCUUUCUGGGUAAAAUGUGCACCAACGAGUUCGAAUUGCAAGGCUCGGAUGGAUUGAAUUAUCGCGCGAAACCUGGCACCGAAAUAGUGAUACCGGUCUAUGGGUUGCACAAAGAUCCGAAAUACUGGGAAAAUCCAGAGGUGUUCGAUCCGGAACGAUUCGGCGAUGAGAAUAAGCAAAAUAUAGAAAAGAUGGCGUUCCUUCCUUUCGGCGAGGGGCCAAGAAUUUGCGUAGGGAUGAGAAUGGCUAUGCUGCAGAUGAAGAGUUGUUUGGCUACAUUGAUAAAAGACUACAAACUCGAAGUUUCGCCGAAAAUGCAACUACCGUUGAGAUUAUCGCCGUCUUAUUUCCUAUCGGCGCCAUUUGGUGGUGGUUGGGUACUCAUUUCGGAAGCCUGAAGCCUUAUCGAAAAAUUACACGUCAAAGUUCGAGAUUGAUUAUUAUUGCGAUCUUUAUUACUUAUGUUUAAGAAAAAUUCGAUAUGGCAAAGGAGCAACGUUUGCGUAAUAUUCUUACCGAUACAUUAUCUUCGAGAGAUAAGUGAUAAUAAAAUUUUGCUGUUACUUUUUAAUUUCAUUUCAAUCGAAUCUUGUUAAAGCGGAGUAUAUUUGUUGUUAACGAAUCGAAAAGAAAAAACGCGAGAGAAAUAUCUAUAUAUAUAUACACGUGUAUAUGAUUCUUUGAUUUCAAUUGAUCGUCUCCGUUACGUAAAAAUAAAGAGCAGAUAAAUAAAUGAAAAGAAAAGUAGGAGACGAAUAGCGUUUAUGGGAGUACGCCGAGUGCAGGUCUAUUUCACGUGUCUCAGAAUGUAGGGACUCGAACGAGUUUCCUGAGUGGUUUCCCGUGUUCACUAUUGCUAUGUACACAUAACUGCGUCAAAUUGUGUGUAUGUGUGUGUGCGUGUGUGUAUACACGUUUUAUAUUUUAUAUGUAUAUCGUAUCGUUUAUAACGUAUGUGAAAAGAAACGAUAAACUGGUGAUGCAAGGCUCGUGUGUUUUCGAUAAAUAAAGAAAUAUAUAAUUCGUUACAGAAUGGAGUCCAUCGUUCGUGAUACAAAGAGAAGACGCGAUGAAAUAAUAAAAUAUUUACAAAAAUUAUAUAAAUUUAUUCACAUUCCGGUUUGGAUAGGUCGGAAAAUUAAUUAGUUACAAGUUCAAUAAUGGACCUCUCUGUAUUUCGAAAUUACCUUCGCUAUGUAAA